AUGGCCUCCCCCAUCUCGUCCAUGAUACAAAAGGGACUUCCCGCUGUCACAAAUGCAGCCCACAAUCAAUAUGCUCCGGCUGGAAAGUGGAUCUUGGGUACCGCUGCUUCCGUUGUUGGUAUGAUUCACGUGGGAGGUGUCACCCGAUUGACCAAAUCGGGACUCAGCAUGACGGAUUGGAGUCCACUCGGCAGUUUGCCACCAAUUACCCAAGAAGAGUGGGAGACUGAAUUUGCUCGCUACAAGACUUAUCCCGAAUGGCAGCAACGAAAGAGCAUGACGCUGUCCGACUUUAAAUUCAUUUAUGGUUGGGAAUAUGGCCAUCGUAUGUUGGGAAGAACUGUGGGAUUGAUCUUUGCUCUUCCUUGGAUGUACUUUACGGCUCGCGGAAGAAUUCCACAGGGCUACCAAAAGCGGAUGGUGGGUCUUUUGGCCAUGGGAGGAACCCAAGGUCUUGUUGGAUGGUGGAUGGUCAAGUCUGGUUUGGGAAACGACCGACGGGAUGACAAGCACGAGAUUCGAGUCAAGCCAAUUCGUCUUGCCACUCACUUGUCCAUGGCGGUGGCUACUUAUGGAGCUUUGGUUUGGACUGGCUUCGAUAUAUUGGGAUUGCCACACCAAGUAAAGAUCAAGGAAGAGGCAAUGAAGCUAUCCAAGGAUGCACUCAAGCAAGCUAGACGUCUGCGAAUGGGAAGUCUUCACUUGACUGCACUAACUGGAUUCACGAUUGUCAGCGGUGCAUUUGUUGCCGGAAAUGAUGCCGGAAAUGCUUACAAUACCUUUCCAAAGAUGGGCGAUGAAUGGGUUCCAACUGGAAUUUCCGAGCUAACCCCCUGGUACCGAAAUAUUCACGAAAAUACUGCUACUGUACAAUUCAACCACAGAAUAUUGGGUAUGACCACCGCAGGUGGAGCCUUUGCACUUGCUGCAAUGGGACUUUCCCCUUCGAAAGCUGCCCUUGUGACUCCCCAAGUCCGCAGAGGAUUGUAUGCCGUUGGUUUGGUGGCGGCUGGCCAAGUCACUCUGGGAAUCUCUACUCUCCUCAUGUAUGUUCCUCUUUCGUUCGCUGCGGCGCAUCAAUUGGGAAGUAUUGCAGUGUUGACCAGUGGUGUCUAUUUGACACAUUCCUUGCGCUAUGCCCGACCAGCUUUGACACGUGCAGCAGCGGCCCAAUCUGCCAAUGCUAGCAAGAAGGUUGCCGGCGCCGUUGUAGCUUAA